AUGGAUUUUGGACUUCUCCCUGCCUUAUGUGCGCAGCACGCGCCGGAGACUGACUUGAUUCUCGUCAGGACGGUGGAGAGUGUCCGGUGGACGAGAUCGUUGGAGAGCCCGACGGCUUUAGGACGAUGGUGGCAGAUUCGCAAAGUUUCGACAAACCCAGACGAGAAUGCACAUCUGGAUAAGGAGAACACUACCGGGACGAAUACGGACACCAAUAUCACCAGGUCCAAUUCCAAUUCCAGCUCCAGCUCCAGCUCCAGCUCCAGCUCCAGCUCCAGCUCCAGCUCCAUUCAAAACACGUCCACACCAACGCCAUCACCAUCUCCCUCACCUCCAAAAAACAAACUAAAAAAUCUCAUCCCCCCACGGCUCACCCAACCCGUGCCCCACGAGAAUAUCUACACGAUCCCCAACAUUCUGACAUUCACGCGCCUCGUCGCCGCCCCGGCAGUCGGCUACUUCAUUCUGCACAGCCAACCGCUCCUUGCGGUCUCACUCUUCUUCUACGCCGGCAUCACCGACAUGGUCGACGGCUAUCUAGCGCGCAAAUACCACCAGCAGACGGUGGUCGGCACCGUGAUCGACCCGAUGGCCGACAAAGCGCUGAUGACGAUCGCCGUCGUGACGCUGACCAUGAACGGGACCUUCCCUGUGUGGCUGGCGACCAUCAUCCUCGGCCGGGACGUCUGUUUGGCCAUCUCGGCCAUCUAUUUCCGCUGGAUCUCGCUGCCGCCGCCCAAGACCAUGGCGCGUUACUGGGACUUCAGUCUGCCCAGCGCCGAGGUGCAUCCGACCGAGAUCUCCAAGAUCAACACCUUCUUGCAGUUGUUGUUGGUCGGCAAUGCCAUGUUGUUGCCCGUCUUGCCCGAGGUGUGGGUCCAUGCGUGGAAUCUUACCGGCGUCUUUGAGGGCUGGAUGUAUCUGGUCGCCACGACCACUGUGUGGAGCGGGUUGAGUUAUGUCGCGAAUAAAGAUGCCGUCAAGAUCCUUACGCCGGGGGAGAUUGCCAAGAGGAUGCAGAAGAGGGAUGAAGAUGCUGAUGCAGAGAAGAAGAAAAACGACAAGAACGGGGAUGACACGAAGAUGAAGUUGUGA